CAAUCAAUUCUCUCAUUUCAUAGCAGCGAAAAAGCUAAUUUUCUCGAGAAAACAAAAGUCAUGUCGGGUCGUGGAAAGGGAGGAAAGGGUUUGGGAAAAGGAGGAGCGAAGCGUCACAGGAAGGUUCUAAGAGACAACAUCCAAGGAAUCACCAAGCCGGCGAUUCGGAGGCUGGCUCGUAGAGGUGGAGUCAAGCGUAUCAGUGGUCUGAUCUACGAGGAGACACGUGGCGUCCUCAAGAUCUUUUUGGAGAACGUUAUCCGUGACGCCGUCACAUACACCGAGCACGCCAGGAGGAAGACGGUGACUGCCAUGGACGUCGUUUACGCGCUCAAGAGGCAAGGCAGGACUCUCUAUGGUUUCGGCGGUUGAGGAUUUUCUUAGAUUGAGGUCGUGUAGAUCUGUUUUUACUUUGCAAUUUCCUCUGUAAGCUAGGGUUUCAAGAACAGAAAUGGGGUAUUUUAGUAAAUGUAGUUGGAAUCGAUUUCCUUUUAGCUAAUGCCUUUGUAUUUCUUUUCGGUUUCUGUGAGGUUUCAACAAUGCAUUGGUAAUUUCGUAAAA